AUGUCUCCCAUCACUCGUACUCACAAUGAUCAUGUCGAUUCUGCUCGCCGGCGCUCUGCUCGCCAGCUCUCUCGUAUUCAAACCACUGCGUAUCCCCUUGGUGCACGUAAAGAACAGGCGCCGGAAGGGCAACUGACAAACCAGGAGCCCCUUGAGAAAGUCGAAUUUCGGAUUCCUUUGAACACCACCGAUACAAACAAAACUACGACCUACGUCGACCAUUUUUACGCUGAGUCAGACCUUAGUCCCCUAGAUAUGUUCGAUUCUAUGAGGGCCGCGAUGAAUCUCCCGAAGACCUAUGAACAUUUGGGCUGGCGCUUAUCUACUGCCCGCCGUACGGACCCGCCGCAUAGACUUUUGACAUCCCAAGAUAUCAAGAGCGCCUUCAAAGCUGCGAGGGCGGAACAACUCUCCGGACGACAAAAGAAAAAAGUUGCAAUUGAAGUCGUAAAUACUCAGAUGCCUGUGUUAAAAGGAACAACAAAGCAACAUGCAAGUACUACGCGUUCUGCAGGUGAGCAGAACCAUCUACCCAGCACAUCCCAAAGUUUUGACGAUGAAGCUUUUCGUAUGUCACGUAAGGAAGGAGCUGCGUCCCUUCAGCAUGUGCCAACGGAGCUCAUAUCGCCCAUAAUUCAUAAUCACGUUCACAUCCCAUCUGCAAUCAACGACACAUGGGCUUCCGAGUCUACUAAUGGCGUACUUUCCUCACAACAACGUGACAGCUCCAUGGCUCCUCGACCCCUCAAGAGGACAUAUGCACUCUACUUGGAGAGUGACGAGGACACCGGUGAUGAGGAACCACCGCAAGGCAUCAAUGAAGUCCUUGCGAACAUCCAUUCUCGCUACCCUGAUAUGAACUUGCCGCAAUAUGUGAAAACGCUGAAGGAGCAUGGCAUAUUUUAUCUGCCCACCGCAACACAUUUCAAUAGUAGGUUUUAUGUGGAAAAGGUUGGUAUGUCGGAGGGCGCCGCAUUCACAUUUCACACUUUUAUUUCUAAAGCUCACAUGAAGGAUGGGCGUGCGAAGGCGAGAAGCAAGGCGAAAGGGAAAAACAGGGCACGAGCCUCUGACAACAAAGAAAAUUUUCAUGCUCACUAA